UUUCACUCGUGCUCACGUAUCAUAUACUAGUCGGUAGUCACGUAGACCAUAGUUGGCCUUUCCUAAAGUUAUCUAUAUUGUGUUAGCUUCGUUAAGAAUGCAGUUCUAUUGAGAGCAAGUCGUGAAAUAGGUUAGAGGGGAAUUCUAGCUAGCAAUUAUUAUUAACAGCUAAAGCAGAAACAGAUAGACAUUUCUGGAAGCCCUCAGAGAGAUAAGAAUUGCUGCCAGAAGGGGAUAAAUCGACAUAAUAACGUCGGAAGACAUCAUCUAGGACAUCUAUUUGUCUCAGGUGAAAAUGCUGCUGGUUAGUAAAAUAUGCUCAGCCGUCCUUCUGGCUGUAUUCAGACUAUUUGCUGGACUGCUACCACUAAAAGUCCACCGAAAGCUGGAGAAGUGGAGUCGCCGCGGUGAAGGGCAAAAUGGAAGUCGACGAAGGGAUCGCGUAGAAUUGUUUCUGUCCAUGUUCCUUUGCUUUGGUGCUGGACUGCUCUUAUCCACCUGCUUCGUUCACAUGGUCCCAGAGGUAAGGGUGUCUUUCGUUCAGGCAUCGAAGGUUGGUAAUUGGCCUAUAUUGGAACAGUUUCCUUUUGCCGAAAUUGUCAUCUGCAUAGGUUUCUUUGCCGUUUACCUACUAGAAGAAUUAGGGGAAAAACUGAUCAAACAUGAUCCACCUGUAGAAACGAGCCAUGAAAUGGUCCCAGCCAAAUCUCAGUCGUUACUCGGCCUGGAUGGCGGUAGAAGAAGUAGCAUUCAUCACAGUCACGGAGACCAUGCUCAUUCACAUGGCCCGACAUUAUCCGCCGAAGAGCAGAAAUCCGUCACUGCUGCGAUCCGCGGGUUCCUUCUAGUGGCCGCCUUGUCAUUUCAUUCGAUUUUUGAAGGAAUGGCCAUCGGUUUACAACCAACGCAGAGCGACGUCUGGUUUCUUUUCACUGCCGUCAUCGUUCACGAACUUGCUAUCAUGUUCUGCAUCGGGAUGGAGAUGCUGGCGUCCAAACUCCGCGUUCUCCUCUACGUCAUUUACAUGGUAGAGUUGGGAUUAAUCACGUCGGUGGGUGUUGGCGUCGGGAUUCUCGUCACAGAGUACGUCCAUGAUCCAUCGGCUACCCAUUUGCUAGGCAUUGCCAUUCUGCAAGGUAUCGCCACUGGAACUCUUCUCUACGUCACGUUCCUUGAAGUGCUGGAACGUGAACGCCAUAAACCAGGAAACGGCCUUGUUAAAUUAGCAGCCAUCGCCAUCGGAUUUUUCUUACUUACUACCAUGGAAACGUUUACUGGACAACAUGAAACUACUACAAGUACCACGCCAUAUCCUCCAGUCGAUUACGUUGCAAUGAAUCAGUCGUCUGUCGAAUCGUUUGAAGAAACAACGUUGGAUCUACCAGAUAUUCUUAACGCCACUUUAGCUUUUCUUAAUGUUACGCUAGCUUAGUCAUCCUUCUUCCAAAUGCACGGUAACCGACGAGAACGGAAAAUGGUUUGCUUAUUAUCAAACAAUCCUUAUUACUUUCAAUUAGAAAUGUUUAAUCCUGCAUAAUCAAAAUUGUCCUUCGAUAAUUAUUCAAUCCGCAAUUGCAAAUUUCUUCUGAUCUCGUAUAGAGCGAAGUAAGAUGCGCCGAAAGAAUCGGACCUCCAAUUCUGUGAAAUACGCGGUUGAUGAAUUCCAAUUCUUAAUUUUUAUCGAAGCAUAAUGUCUGUAAAGUUUCAAUUGAAUUUAAUUGGUGCCCAAAUAAAAAUUUUUGUUUAGCAGCAUAAUAAUAUAGAGUGCAGACCAUUGUUUUCUGCUCAAAAGAUAAGCGCCAAAGAGAAUAAUUGAUAGCACAACUUCAAAAUGUUUCUAAUUCAAAAUGUGUUGUUUUCAGAAAAAGGGUAUACAAUUGUACGCACAUACAGUAUGCAAUUUGAUCUACUCAUGGUUGGCAUUCAAUUUGUAUCAGUUUUGAACGGGUUUCUAUUAUGGUGUCGCUGGUUUAGGAAUAGGACAACACCAGGCAUUUACGCCGGUCACGCAACAUUUUCCGUCUCCACAACCGUCUUUGCAUACCAAAAUAAAUCCGGUCGGACAUUCGUUGCUUGUCGAACAAAUUGGCGAUGUUCCUUUCCAGUAGAAAUUCGAUCUGUCCACGUCGUCUUUUAUAUGACAUUGCAGUCCCUUAAAUUGUGCGACAGAUUUCGCUAGAUCUG